CACCCUUGUAUUGCCUGUGUGUUAAGCCAUGAUAAAUCCCUGGGAGAAUACCGCGAACAGAGCUGAUGUUCCCCCUGCUCACCUGAGCGGAUACUGUUACAUCCUUCUAGUGUAGCAAAAAGAGCACCACAAUUUUACCGGUGCGGACGUCCUGCUUUGUAGCCUACACCUUCAUUGAUGGAUCGGUCGUUGUAUUAUUUUCAGGGGGAAUCCUUUAUCGAUCUUCACUUAAAAUAUGUAAAUGGCAGUUUUCAAAGCUCUUGAAACCCAGCAUUUGGAGAAAGCUGAUUUAAGUAAUGUUUUUGUGCCAUGGAGUCCGAGCGCGAAGACAGCGAGCAGAAGGGCGCAGACGAUGCGGCUCAAGGCGAUAUCGCAAGUAUUGCUGAUGUGUCAGUGGAAGUAGCGACUGUGGAUGCCAUGCUUCAGAAGCUAUGCCGGAGGUACAACAGACUCAGACGGAGGGAGGAGAGGGCGAGGAAGCUCAACUCCAUCUGGACCCUCCAGAACAUGGCCAUCAUCUUUACAGUAGUGGUGUUUGUGGUUGUGGUCAUCAUGUGGUCUCUCCUGUGGGUUUUCAUAUUUCGCAGGGAGAGCAACAGCGGAGUAUAUUUUGCUGGAAUCUUCCGUGUUGCCAAUGCAGAGUUCAUCCCAGAGUACCGGCAAGCAGAUUCUCAUGAGUUUGUGUCCAUGGCAACCAGGAUACAACAUGUUGUCAGUGAUGUGUACAAAACAUCAUCAGUAUCCAGACUCUACAGGAACACUUUUAUAUCAGAUCUGAGUAACGACAACAAAGGUGGGGUCCUAGUGCAUUUCUGGAUGGUGUUUGUGGUGCCUCAACUAAAGUCCCCCGCAGUGUGUGAGGAGUGUGUGGGAGCCAUCCUCAGAGACUCCGUCUUCACCAGCCUGAAGAACAGGUCCUCUGUGGGCUUCCUGCUGGGCCUCCCAGUGGACAUAGACUCCAUAUUGGUAAAUGCUUCACAGUGUGCGGAUAAGAUGUACGCCAGCCUGCCCGAGGUGAUGGUCCCCCUUAAAGUGAUCUCCUCCAGGGGGGUCCUGAGCUGCCACAUCAAGCUCACCUCUGCUCCAGGCACCGUCAUACGCCUCACCAUCAAGUCUCUCCACAUCGAGCCCACUGACUGUGUGAGCGACUCACUCACGGUGUACGACUCCCUGCUGCCUAUGAGGGGGAGGGUUCUUCAUCGGGCCUGUGAACCAGUGUCUCAUUCUGUGUCUAUGGUCUCCACCUCCAACGUCAUGCUGCUGUUCUUCAAAAUGAUACAAGGGACCAAAAGUUUCUUUGGACACUUUGAAGCCGUCAAUGAGGAGAAGUGUCUGCGCACGAUUAAGACCUCAGCAGACGCCGGCUCCAGCGGGCAGUUUACCAGUCCGUUCUACCCCAGCCUCCUGCCCCCACAGUGCUCCUGCACGUGGAGGUUUCAGGCCCCUCGUGCUGAUCUAGGGGUGGCCUUGACCUUCCAGAACUAUGUACUGAAUCGUAAGGACCUGAAUGCUUGUGAACACGGCUGGUGGACAGUCAAUGAAAUCAUAUACUGUGGAAGGUACAUUGGCCACUCCACGGUCUUCCGCAUAUCCGACCGGAAUCCUGAGGUGGUGUUCCGCUGCAACUCUCGGACUUCGGAGCCGCCCUUCACAGCCGCUUACAGCAGCUUCAAUAUCAGCCAACCCUGUCCUGCUGGGCAUUUUCUCUGCUCCACUGGCCUCUGUGUGGACAAGAGCCAGCGCUGUGAUGGGCUGGACGACUGUCAGGACGAGAGUGAUGAGGUCUUCUGUUCGAGUCCCACUAAGAACUGUGGAGGCAGCAGCCCUCUCCACCCCAUCUAUGUGUGUAAUGGUGAGAGCGACUGCUCCAAUGGGCGAGAUGAAAGCAACUGCACUAGAGAGACCCGCUGCUCUGACAUCAGCUACAGGUGUGAGAGUGGCACCUGCAUCCUGAAAAGAAACGCCAAGUGUGACGGAGUCCCCGACUGCCUGGACCGCAGCGAUGAGAAGGACUGUGCAUGUGGUCGGCCCUCUCUGGUGAAAAGAGUGGUAGACACUGCUUCUAUUCCCGCUGAUGUGGGUGGAGUUUCUGGACCGGAUCACAUGAUUGGUAGGAAUGUUGAGGGCCGUAUUGUAGGAGGGGUCAAUGCGCUGGAGGGGGAGUGGCCAUGGCAGGUCAGCCUCCUCUUCUCUGGACACCUGUACUGCGGAGCCUCUGUCAUUUCCUCUGAUUGGCUACUGUCAGCGGCGCACUGCUUCAGCAGGCUCUCGGACCCACGCCAGUGGGCGGCCCACAUGGGCAUGCUCACCCAGGGCAGUGCCAAGCACGUGGCAGACGUGCGUCGCAUUGUGGUGCACAAGUACUACAACGCGCGUAACUUCGACUACGACAUCGCCCUGUUGCAGCUGCGUAAGCCAUGGCCUCCGUCCCUCGGCUCCUUCAUCCAGCCCGCCUGCCUCCCGGCCACCUCCCAGGCCCUCAGUGAGCACCACCGCUGCUGGGUCACCGGCUGGGGAUACCGCUCUGAGCAAGAUAAAGUGUUGCCCACCGUGCUGCAGAAGGCCGAAGUUGGCAUCCUGAGCCAGAGCGAGUGCAAGAGGAGGUACGGACCGGUGUCGCCCCGGAUGCUGUGUGCUGGGGUGCCUUCAGGAGAACAGGACGCCUGUAGGGGAGACUCUGGGGGUCCGCUGGUGUGCCGGUCCCAGGUUGGGGGCCGCUGGUUCCUGACCGGGAUCGUGAGCUGGGGCGCGGGCUGUGGCCGCCCCAACCUGCCGGGCGUCUACACCAGGGUAGCCAAGUUCACAGAGUGGAUCCACAGUCACAUUCAAUGACCUCACAGUCACAGACAUGUCCCAAUCAGCCAAUCAAAGUUCACCGCUGACUCUACGCCCCUCCAAAAUGGCAUCCACUGAUAAUAUAUGGUCAUUAGCCUCUUAAAAGUACCUGUUCAUGUGUCGUUUCUUCCUGUUAAGCAGUAAAACAUGAACAAUAAAGCAUAUCUUGAGUUACUCCAUGGCUUUUCUUCUCUCCUCUUUUUGGAUGUCAAUCACAGCA